GUCAUCGCUGUGUAGCUGCAGGUUGCUGUCUCCUUGUUCCUCCUCCUUAUGUUUCUAGGAAACCCACAGUAAACAGUUCCUGUCUGCCCGGCGUCUCUGAGAACUGACUGCUGCUUUCCCAGAUAUUAUGUCUGAUGUGGUUCACAUACGCUCGCCGUCGGCCCCCUUCAUCAGCGCUCCACGUACGCCGCCGCCGCCACAGCUCUGGGAUCGGGAAGCCAUCCCCGCGCACAACAUGCCAUGUAAGAAGUGUGCCAACCUGCGUGCCACCAUUGAUAAAGUAGAGAAGGAAAAGGAGGAGGCGCUAAGCGACCAAAAUGAGUCUUUCCAGAAAAGUUUGGCUGAGAUCUCCAGGAACCGCAAACAUCUUGAGGAGGAAAGAAUAAGGACGCUGCGUCAAAGGAUACGGACAGAGCUGGAAGAAGAAAUGGAGGAACUGCGGCGGAGCUGGGGGGUGGAGUCUACCGCGGCUGUGGAGGAAGCGUGCCAGGAAACGCAGAAACGGGCGGAGAGGGAACGGGAGAGGGAGAUACAGGCGGUGAAGGAGGCGGCAAAGUCGUAUUACGAGGAGUGUAUGAAGGAUGCGGUUUCAGAGGCUGUCAGGGAGGAACGAAGACAGUCGGACCUGCAGAAGGACGUCCUGAAGAGGCAACACGAGGAGGAACUGAAGACGUUUCAGGAAAAGAUUUGCGCUGUUCAGGAGCAGCUGAAACACGUCAUCCAGGAGAAGACUGAAUUUGAAUGUCAAUUUAAGGAGCUGCAGUUGAAUUACAAGCGGUUUAUCGACUUGACAGACUCCGCCCUUCAUUCCGAUUACCUUCUGCGCCUGAUCCGCCUGGGAAAACCACCCGGAUAUGCCCACUGCGCCGUCCAGACUGACAUGGAUGCCGCUGCUUUAUAAAGUUCCAGGUCACCUCCCAUCUGAUGUAUACUGGGAUGCUGGUCCAUCCGAUAGUCCGGAAUAUCUGAUAGUCUGCCACUAAAGAAACUGCAUAAAGGGUAAUUCCCUUAAUUAUUAGUCAGUAGAUUGUAAGCUCCUCUGCUUUGGAUUGGUAUAAGACCUUAUAGCCAC